AUGAGUUGCCCUACCGUAGCCCCGUUGGCCAGAGCCUCUCUGCUUUCGCGAAUUGGCAAUGUGCAAGAACACGUCACUUCCCACGACCUCGUUCACAAAACCAUGCGGAUGAUUGUUGCCAGCCGCGCCAAGGAGAGUCACCCCUCUGAAGAUUCGUUUUUCGUGGGGGACCUUGGGGUGGUUGCCCACCAAGUGCGUAGCUGGAGGGACAAUUUGCCCAGUGUGCAACCCCACUAUGCUGUGAAAUGCAACAGUGAACCGCAGGUUUUGAGACUGCUUGCCGGAUUGGAUGUUUCGUUCGACUGUGCCUCGAAGCAUGAGAUAUCUGAGGUUCUUCCUUUGAUCAGAGACCCUCGUCGCAUUGUCUAUGCCAACACCGUCAAGCAUCCAAGCUAUAUUCGCUACGCUGCCGAAGUUGGGGUAAAGCGGAUGACUUUUGACAGCGUAGACGAGUUGCACAAGAUAAAGGAGAACCACCCUGAUGCUGAGUUGUUGUUGAGAAUUGUCACCGACGACAGCGCAUCUCUCUGCCGGUUGAGCUGCAAGUUUGGUGCACCUCCCGACAUGUGGCCUGAUUUGUUGAAAACGGCUCGUGAUAUUGGCUUGAAUGUCAUUGGCGUGGCUUUUCACGUCGGGAGUGGCUGCACUAACUCAGAAUCGUACCGCGAUGCCAUCCGUGACGCUCGUUUAGCCUUUGCCGAAGCUGAAGCUUAUGGGCACACCAUGCGUGUGCUUGACAUUGGCGGUGGUUUCGAGACCGAAACGUUUGUGGAUACUGCAAAGCAUAUCCGUAGUGCGAUUUCGGAGUUUCACUUUGAGAACACAGAGCUGAUUGCCGAGCCGGGCCGCUUCUUCGUUUCGAAAGCUUUCACCUUGGCAACUUGUGUAUUGGGUCGCCGACUCACUAAAUCUGACGCAAGCGAAGGUAUGCUGUACCUAAGUGAUGGUGUCUAUGGUAACCUGAACCUGAUCAUUUUUGAUCAUCAAGUUGUCCAGCCCACCUUGUUGGAAGCUGGUGGUUCCAGCGACACUACCAUGACGGCAUCUGUCUGGGGUCCCACGUGCGACGGUCUUGACAGAAUCAACCAAGUUGUCGAGUUCCCGCGUACUGUGAAUGUUGGCGAUUGGCUUUACUUUGAGAACGUUGGUGCAUACAGCUUGUCUGCGUCCACCAGCUUCAACGGGUUUAACCGCGGCUGUGAAAUUCACUAUGUGUAUUCAGGAGUGCACUAA